AUGCCCUGCCAUAGACGUAUGAUGGACAUUAGGAAGGUUAUCAAGUUCAGUGAUGUAGGGGACAUUACGAUGGCAGUCUGUGGUAUACACUUCCGUUGCCGUCUGUUUUCCUUCAACAAGGGAAUCCGGCGACAGUCAUAUUCGACUAUCUAG